UUUCCCCCCUUUCCAUAACAACAAAAAAGCAUCAUCCAUCUCCCUUUUGUUUCUUUUAUUUCUCGCCUACCCAGUUUAUUUGAGGCCAUUUGCAUGCAUUGUUCGUCUCCUAAAAUGGUUUGCGAGACUAAAAUAGUAGCGGAUGAGCAUGAUGCCAUACCCGGGACCAAAAAAGAUUCUAUCAUUGUUUCCUCCUCACAAAUGUGGACUUCCACGCCCGCGCCGGUUACCGGCGCACUGGAGAGCAAGGAGCCACGGGGAGACGCAGUGUUCAUUCGGGAGUUCGAGCGUGCCGACCACGGCGAAGUGAGGCGCAUCUUCUGCGAGGGUAUCAUGGAGCGGAUCCCGAACACGGCCUUCCGAGGGCUACGGCACCAGAAUCAAACCCAGUUUCUCUACGCGAUGCUCACUCUCAUGUGCUACAUGGUGACCAAUUCUCUGGCGUUGACCUGCUGCACGCCGUUUCUCCUGAUGGGGGCGCGCUACUACUACAGCCGCAAGGUCAUCCUGGGCUACCUGGACUGUGCACUUCACACCGACAUGGCGGACAUCGAGGCCUACUACAUGAAGCCAGCAGGGUCGUGCUUCUGGGUGGCCAUGCUGGAGGGCCGCAUCGUGGGCAUCGUGGCGGCACAAGGGCGCGAGGACGACAACACGGUCGAGCUGCGGCGCAUGUCGGUGGACUCGCGCUACCGGGGCAAGGGCAUCGCCAAGGCGCUGGGCCGGCGUGUGCUGGAGUUCGCCGUGCUCAACAACUACUCGGCCGUCGUCCUGGGCACCACCGCCGUCAAGCUGGCGGCGCACAAGCUGUACGAGUCGCUCGGGUUCCGGCACGCCGGCGAGAGCCAGGACCACACGCUCCCCGGCACGCCACGCUCCACGCUCCAGAGCCUCUUCUUCCAGAUCCGCUACCACCGCUACCGCUUGCAGCUCCACGAAGAGUGAGGCGGAGAGAGAGAGAGAGAGAGAAGAGCGAGCGAGAGAUAGCAGAGAGGAGAUAUGAGACAGAGAGGGGGGAAGAGGAGAAGGAGAGGGGAGGAAAGAGAGAGAGGAAGAAAGAAGGAAAGUAAAAGUCUUCAGGCAAUGAUUUUUGGCUACCCCUCCACCAGAAACCCUCUUUGGCUUUUUUUCCCCCCAGAUAAUCUUUUUAUUUUAUACUUCAAAAGAAAACAAUAGCAUUGUGAGUGUUCAGGCAACAAGCAGUAGUACCUCUGUACAUUUAGAUCACUUGAUGUCAUAUUUUUUUCUUUCUUUGUUUUUUUUUGUUUUUCUUCUGUUGAACAAAUGGGACCGUUUCUUUCAAUUGCUCUUGUGUUUUUCCCCAUCCUUCGUCCUUCUGUUAUUCGAUCCCCCUGCCAUUCAUCCACGUUUCACCCUCCAUUUGGAUCAUCAGCAUUCCACCAGUUCCAACCAUUCACUUCCUCUCCAGACAAAAGCCCUGCACGCGGCCCACCCAUCCGGCCCCUGUCUGCCCCUGGUGGCCAUUUUGUUUUGGUCGGCAGAGACAGGGGCAGACCACUCCCGUGGCAUUCCAUCACCAAGGCGACCAUUCUUGAGCAAGCCAGGGGACAGAUAUUGGCCCCUGCAGCCACGAAUGGGGGUCAUGACUGAAGCACAGCAAGUCAUUCAUAAACGUGUGUGUGUGUGUGUGUGUGA